UAUUGCUCUUCUUUGUGCAAAGGCGGUCGUAUUUUUUGUCUCGAAGAAGAAGUUAUUUUUGUCUAUUCGAAGCUGAUAAGCCGAAAUUAAUAUAUACAUUUUUUUUUAUUCCAAUUAAUUCGAUUAUCUGGCUUUAGUUGCAGAAUAUUAACCAACAUGCAAUUACUGAUUGUUUUAUUUACCGUGGUAGUCACUGUACUAGCCAUUUCUCACGGGGAUAGAACUGAUGUUUUCAAUGGCCGACGACAAACAUCAAUUGAUUCAAGAGGUCAGAGAGUGCAUAGCGUUCAGUACUCCCAAAACGCCGGAUUAGAAGUUAAUCGCGCUCAAGAUCAAGCCAAUCAAGGUGGUGUUUUUAAUGGCCGACGACAAACAUCAAGUUAUUCAAGACAAACAGGAUCCAAUAAUGAAGGAGGUCAGAGUGUGCUCAGCGUUGCGUAUUCCCAAAACGCUCAUCAAACCGUGGGAUUAGGAGUAAGUCGCGCUCAGGAUUCCAAUCAAGGUGGUAGAAAUGAAUUUUUCGAUGGCAGACGACAACCAUCAAGUAAUCCCAAUCAAAGUGGAUUCAAUAAUGAAGGACCUAAAAUAGACCUUAGCCCGCAAAGGGAUCAAAACAAAGGUCCAGGCUCCAAUGACACUAAAAAUUCCGAAAGGUGCUCUUUUUGCAGCUCAAAAAAGAUCAAGAAUGUUGAUGUUGAGCGCGCGAACAAAUAAUUUCACUGAAAAGCGUUUGUUUUAUUUCAUAUAACAUUUUCAUAACACAUUUUUGCUUUUAUUGCAAUCAACAUCUCAAAGAUCAAGUCUUGUGUUGAAAUUGUUACAAUUAUAUAAUUCUCUUUAAUGUAAUACCUACAUAUUACAUACAUACAUAUACACAAUUUACAUGAAAUUUAGUUUAAUGAAGUUUAAUUUAAUUAAAAAUUAUGA